UCCCAUGUAAAUUAUGUAAAUCCUCCGUAUUCAUGAUUAUGUUUAGUGGAACAACAAUUAAACUAAUAUGAUUUUGUUAAUGUUUCAACUUUUGCUACAAUUAAAUAUUUUCAUCUACAUGGUAAAUUGUUCAUCAGAAAUUAAACAAAGUCCAAUUUUCGUUGGAACCUUUUCCGAGCAGAUCGUUGAAAGAGGUAUUCGUUUAUCGUUGAAAUGCUCAGCUAAAGGAAACCCACUUCCACAGAUUACAUGGAAACUUGAUAAUUUACCAAUAAACGAGGCAUAUCAUGUAAGAAUCGGUGAUUAUGUUAGUGAUAUUUACACCGUAAACAGUUAUGUUAAUAUAAGUUCAACGAAAACCGAUGAUGGUGGCUACUAUUCAUGUAGAGCAAGUAACACCGCUGGUGCCAUUCAACACACUGCUCGUAUUAACGUCCUUGGGCCACCUUAUAUUAGACCAAUGGUUAAUUUAACUGUCCUUUCAGCUCAAAAUAUUCAAAUAACUUGUCCUUAUUCUGGUUAUCCAAUUAAAUCGGUUACAUGGUUAAGAGGUGGAAGACGUUUGCCUCAGAAUCAUCGUCAAAAGGUUUUCACCAACGGAACUUUCAUGAUAAAUAAUGUGGAGAAAGCUGCUGAUGCUGCUCAAUAUCAAUGUUUGGUUUCAGAUGAAGAGGGUCGAUCUGCUAAGCGAGAUCUAUUUGUAAAUGUCGUUGUUUCCCCGGUAGUUGAACCUUUCUAUUUUCCAAAUGACCUGGUCUCCGGUCGACGAGCUGGUGCUGCUUGUAUCGUCUCCGCUGGGGAUCUUCCGAUUCGCAUUAAAUGGCUUAAAGAUGGACAAUCGAUUCCCGAUGAAUUGAUGCCCAUGGUGGACACUAAAGAUUUUACCUCAUUUCUUACAUUUGAUAAAGUUUCACGAGCUCACAGAGGUAAUUACACUUGCCUUGCUGAGAAUCCAGCAUCAACAUCUAAUUAUACCACAUCAUUAAUUGUUCAAGUGCCUCCAAGUUGGAUUGUUGAACCUAAAGAUAAAUCUGUGAUCAAAGGUAAUUCCUUAACAUUGGAUUGUCAAGCUGAUGGAUCUCCAAGACCGAUUAUCCGUUGGAAAAAAUCAACCGAUGGUGAAGAUUUCAAAGUGGUUAUAAGUAAUGCACAUAUCCAGACUCUCGAGAACGGGUCAUUAACUAUUCGAGAGGUGACCAAGGAAGAUGCUGGUCAUUAUAUGUGCCAAGCAAUGAAUGGAAUCGGUCCUGGAGCAAGUAUGGUGGUCCGAGUUACAGUUUCAGUUGCUGCUCACUUUGAGAAAAAGUUUGAAACUCAUUCAGUAAAAUUGGGCGAUGAUGUUACCAUACGUUGUGUUGCUAUCGGUGAAAAAGAUAUCAGGAUAACAUGGACUCGUGACAGGAAACUAAUUACUCCGACUACUGAGCCAAGGUACAUCUUUGAACAGAUAGAAAAAAGUGACAAAACUGAAUCGAUAUUCAAAAUAAGAGCAACGGAAAGAGGUGAUUCCGCUUUGUUUACCUGUCAUGGUGAAAAUAAUUAUGGUAAAGAUAACAGUAAUUUUCAAAUUGUUGUUCAAGAACCACCGGAUUGUCCAGUUGAUAUUAAAACUGAAGAGAUUGGAAGCCGCUCAUUUGCCUUAACCUGGACACAUCCUUUUAACGGUAAUUCACCGAUAACUGGUUACCUGUUGGAAUAUAAAUUAGCGAAUAAUUUUUACACUCAACUUGGAAAUGGUAAAGGGAUAAUCAAGGAGAUUAUCUCACCUACAGGAAUUAAUCAUAUCGUUAAAGGUUUAGAACCACAGACAACUUAUCUUAUCACAUUGAGUUCACAAAAUAUUUUCGGUAUUUCAACUGAUUGUUUACCUGUAAGUGUUACAACUGAAGGUGAACCUCCGUCGGCACCUCGAGAUGUUAAAGUUGUACCAAUUUCGUCAACAAGUUUACAGAUUAACUGGAGACCUCCAUUGACCACAGAGCAAAAUGGUCCAAUUUUGGGCUAUUAUGUCGGCUAUCGGCAGCAGCGAUCAUCAUCACCUGAUGAAUUUUCAUAUAAAACUAUUGAAGCGAAAUCAAUUUCAUCAUCAUCUCAAUCAUCUUCAUCAUUGUCCAUAUCAUUAUCACCAUCUUCACCAGUAACUCCAUCAUCACCAAUCAAUUCCGAUGAUAAAUAUAUCGAGGAAACCUGUCAGAUUAAUGGACUCCGAAAGCUAACCCGUUACCUGAUAAUUGUCCAAGCUUAUAAUAAAAAGGGCGCUGGUCCACCAUCAGAUCAAAUUGAGGCUCAAACUCUCGAGUUUGAUCCACCCGAUGCUCCAAUCUUGAAGGUUUCAUCAACAACACUUAAUUCAGUUAUACUUUCAUGGGAUAUUAUUGAUGAUUCAAUUCCGCAGGAUCCAAUGUCGGGUUAUAUUGUUUACUAUAAGGUCGAGAAAGGUGAUUGGGAAGAGAUACCAAUUUAUGCUGAUAAAUUGCGUUACACCGUCAAGAAUUUGGCCUGUGGAAAGCGAUAUCAGUUUUACAUAAUUCCAUUCAACUCGGCGGGAAAAGGUCAACCCAGUGAAGUUAUCUCAGCCAAAACAAUGGGAACAGCUCCAAUUGCUCCUGAUUCUCAUGAUUUAAUUACAGUCAAUUCAACAUUUGCCUUGAUUAAUUUAACCUCAUGGUCUUCAGGAGGAUGUCCAAUACAAAAUUUCAAUGUCCAAUACAAGGUUAAAAGCUCUCGUGAAUAUAUUCUAGUCUCUAAUAAUAUUAUUCCCGAUCAACGGACCGUUUAUCUAAGUGACCUGAAUCCAGCUACUUGGUAUAAUAUCUUUAUAACGGGUUAUAAUGAAGCUGGAUCAACCGGAGCAGAGUAUACAUUUGGUACUCUAACAGCCUCAGGUGAACCAAUUCCUUAUCCAAUUCAUGAUAAUCUUGAAGAUCUUGCUCAUCAGCUGAAAAUUGUGAUGCCUUUAGCUUCAGCAUUAGUGGUUCUUACAUUGAUCAUGGGUGUUAUUUGUGCCAUGUUUAAGAAGAGACAUUUCCCACCCCAGCAUAUAUCAGGAGGUGUCGGUGGUUGUGAUGGGAGUAAAUCUUGCGAAUCGAUGCCUUUAUCCGAUUGGGAUAGUACAAUUAAAAGAUCAUCUCUUCGUGGUUCGACAAUUGAUGAACCAGGGAUGGGAUUUUUCACUCCAUCGGGAACAACAAACAACAACUUGAAGUUAAAUCGAUGUUCCAAUACUAAUGGAAACUCAGUUCCAGGAAAUGAUGUAUCAGUGGGCACCAAUAACUCGGGAGCUAAAGUCAAUGAAUCGAUUUACUUCCCAUCUCCUUAUGCCUUAAGUCGUAUCUCUGCCUAUGAACGGAGUUUAUCUUCAUCAGCUGGUAAUGAACCUCGAACUCCUCACUCGAUUAUCGUAAAUGGUACAGGUUCACACACAUAUGAUGUUCCCUUAAAAAAGUGCCUCAUCAACUCAGGGAAUCCCGUUCAUGGAAACGUAUUGGGACAAAACAAAUCCCCGGAACAUCGGAUAAUCGAUUUAACAGCCCGACCAGGAUCUAAUCCGGAAGAUAAAUUAUAUGAAAGAUUAGAGUUUCUAAAGGAUAGAAGACUGGAAAAGGAGAAAUAUGAUUUAUCUUGUAAUUAUGCUUCAUCUUCAGUUUAUACUCAGCCCAGAAGAAAACGUAAAACCGAUGAUAUUGAUGAACAAUUAGAACCAAAUCAACAUCAUCAUUAUCAACAACAAUCAGCAGCAAUUAAUGAUUGCAGUUUAUUCAGCUAAAUUGUUACAACCAUUAACUGGAUAAUUAACUGUUAAUUACUUUAAUUGUGAUUAGUCUGCUUUCUAAUAAAUUUCAUUGAAAAGUU